GUAAAUCUAUAAUUUGUAAAUGGAAGUGUGAAGGAAAUAGGAGUAGGAGUCUCUUAUUGCUUCUCGGAUACGAUCGAAUUGGAUUGUGGAUUGGCUAGUUCUCCUUAAAAGAAAUUAGGGGUUUUAUAGAGGAAACAAAAAACGCCUAUAGCUCCGGGGCGUAAAAGAGGAGAGAGCAAGGGUAACACCAAGGGGAAGUUGAUCCUUGGUGAUCUCGUUCUUGCCAGAGUCAAAGGCUUCCCUGCAUGUAGUGGGGGUGGGGGUCAACCAUAUAGCGUUAAAGUGUGUAGUCAGGUAGCCUGGGUCUCCGUCAUCAAAAUCACUUGAGGUCAACGAGAGCUUCCUGUCCAAAGCACACAUCGAUUUGGACCCAAGGAAGCCCACUUGAUAUUUUCAGAGAAUAAAGGCCCAGUUCAACAUCAACACAUCACAUCACACAUGCUCUUUUUUUUACUCACUCACCGACAGAGUGUAUUCCCCGAGACAAUUUGCCAAUGGUAUAUGGUUCUUUUUCUUUCGGUCAUAGACUGUAAAAGCAUAACCACUUGAAAGUUCUGGAAAAAAAAGAAAAAGAAAAAGAAAAAGAAAAGUUAGCAAGUUUCAAAUGAGCUCAAAAGAGAAGAGGAAUGGAUUCUGGAGGUAAGCAGAUCAGCAUGGAAAGAGUAGAGUUACCACAACUUCACGAGCAUCCUUUGGUACCUUUCAGUCCCUUUGUUUCUAGUCGGUGCAAGGUGUGCAGCCAUUUCUCUAGGUUGUUUGAGGUUUACAUCUAUGGAGGGUACCGUUGCAAUGAACUGGGGUGUGGAUGGGCUGUGUUCCAUAAAGAUUGCGCCAAUCCUUUAAAAGAGAUCAACCACUCUUUCCAUCCCGACCAUCCUCUCAAACUCAUCAUCGCUACCCUUCCCUUACAAGAUUCCCAAUCACAUACAUGUUUCUGUGGAAGAAGUUUCAAAGAUGGUUAUUGUUGUGCAAUAUGUGAUUUCAAGUUGUGUUUGGUGUGCGCGAGGAGACAAGAACCACUUGUUCUUCCUGAAAAUUCAUACGGAGGACACGAGCAUCCACUCAAAAUCGUAUGUGAUCCUUACAAUAGGCGGAGUCCAGAACUCUGCAAAGCAUGUGUUAAAUAUUUAGACCAGACAGAUCAUCAUUACAGAUGUCAAGAGUGCGAAGAAUUUGCCAUCCAUAUAGAUUGUCUUGAAUUGUUUCCAGAAGCAUACCACAUGACUUCCCAUCCCCAACACCCACUCAAGUCACUUAGAGGUCAUCAAGUUCCUGAUUACGCCGACAAGAAUUGUCUUCUUUGCGAGAAGGAGUUCGAUCAAGUACCACAUCACCAACUUCACCACUGUGAUGUUUGUAAUGUAAGCAUAUGCAGUUUAUGCAUGAUAGACCCACCACCGGUUGAGGUUGAAUGCAUGAAGACACAUGAACAUCAACUUCAUCUUGUUCCAAGACUCAUUGACUUCACUUGCAAUGCUUGUGGUACCCAAGGCAACCGAAGCCCUUAUUUCUGUCUUCCAUGCAAUUUCAUGAUCCACCGGGAGUGUAUUGAUCUACCUCGUGUCAUAAACAUCAACCGCCACGAUCACCGCAUCUCAUACACCCCUCGCCUUGGACAUGGAGAGUGGAAAUGCAGAGUUUGCCGUAAAGAAGUAGUUGGAUUCUACGGGGCUUAUACUUGCUCAAAAUGUCCUACUUUUUCUGUUCAUGCAAGAUGCGCAACGAGAGAAGAUGUAUGGGACAUGGUUGAACGGGAGGGGACACCAGAAGAAGAAGAAGAAGAAGAAAUUCCGCCUUACCAAGUGAUUGAUGAUAACACGGUAAAACAUUUCAGCCAUGAUCAUAACUUACAACUCAACAAGGAUGGGGUGAUUCUAUCUGAAAACACACUAUGCAAGGCAUGCAUCUUCCAGAUUAGUUCAGAACCCUUCUACAUUUGCAAGCAGCAUCACUGCGGUUUCAUUCUCCAUGAAAAAUGCGCAAACCUACCACGGAAAAAACGCCAUGUGUGCAACAACCUGCCAUUCACGCUUCACACAGACUCUCACUACAAGUUUCAGUGUUGGCUUUGUUAUCAACACUCCUCAGGUUUCAGGUACGAAUCUGGACCUUUUGUGACUAUAGAUGUAGGAUGUGCUUCGACUUCAGAUUUAGUUGAGCACGAAAGCCAUCCACAUCCUUUAUACUACUGCUCUAGUUACGAAGAUAGUAAGCCUUGUAGUAGAUGCAAAAGGAGUAAUGACCGUUUAUUUAGUUGUGAUGAGUGUGAGUAUGAUUUGGACGGAAAGUGUGCUAUUUUACCUGAAAAGGUAAUGAAAAAUAGAUAUGAUGAUCAUCCUCUCCUCUUGUCAUAUGGAGACAUGGAUGUGGAUGAUGAAAAAUAUUGGUGCGAGUCCUGUGAAACAAAAGUGGAUCCAAAGGAAGGUUUCUAUGCAUGCAACGACUGCGGAGUGGUAUUGCAUAUUUCAUGCGUUUUGGGAGACUUCUCAUACAUCAUGCCUGGUUCAUUCGUUUCCGUUGACUUCACUACUCCUGGAUAUGUAUAUAUCAGUGAAGGUUCCAUGACAAGCUCCGAUGAAGAAGUGGUGUCCAACACCUCUAUUUGUAGACCAUUUUGCGCUGCGUGCAACUCUCGAUGCAAGCUCCCUUCCGUUCUUAAGGUUUCCAAAGACGGAGUUGUUGUAUGCUUUUGCUCUUUAAAAUGUCGUUACCACAUUGGAAAGUGAUAAGGCAUAUAUAUAUUUUCACUAAUAACUUUUUUGUAUCAUUGUUCUUGCGGAAGUUAUAAUUAUAAUUUUAAUCAAUACAAGUGCAUGUAUACGUA